UUACUAUUUUCAUUGUUAGUUUUACGUUCAUAUGGAAUUAUAUGCUCUUGUGCAUUAUAAUACUGUCAUUUGACAUUGAAUUUCUUAACAUUAUAAGAUCAAAUUUUAAAGACGUUGUUAAAUAUGAAUUAUUUUUUUUUAUCACUUAUUCUUUCUAAUUAGGAUUUCUAUCUUUUAAUUUUUCUCAUGUAACAUGAAAAGUGCUGGGUACUGAAAUGUGUAUGUCGUUGAAGACGGCACUCCAGUGUAAGCAUAAUUGAUAAGUGCAUGUGUUAUUCAUUUGUAUGGACUAUAAAGUGAGAAUUGAAUUGCGUUCCGCAGAGGCAAAGCGACAAUAUAGUCAGUUCUCGUCUGGAUUUAAACGGUUUCACACGAUAAACUUUCUGCCUCGUGGUCAUUUCUCAAGUGCAAGUGUGACUACGAGAAAACCACCUCUAAAUCUCAAUUAUAUUGAAUCCGAAUUACUUAAAAAAAAAGUCAAAAGUGCAAUAGUUUAAUAGAGAGUUAACAUUUUCUUUGCCAAAAUCCUCUGGGAAUAUGACUGACAAUCAAAAUGCAUCACAUAAUCCAGCUCUGAGGCUGUACUCGGCAUUUACUUUAAUUGCCGACAUCAUCGGCUUGCUGCUGAAAUUUAUACUGGAAAUUAUUUACUCUUUUAUGAAGUUAUUUGUCAAGGCGGAGCUUAAGGAUUUAAGCGGAGAGGUGGUUUUGGUUACAGGUGCAGGACAUGGAAUCGGGCGGGAACUCGCUCUACAGUACACAGAUUUGGGAUGUGAGGUUGUCUGUUUGGACAUCAAUGAGACGAACAAUGCCGAAACUGCUGAGAUGGCCAAUGCUUUGAAGCGAGGACGCGCUUAUACCUUCACUUGUGACGUGACGGAUCGCGAUCAGGUGCUGGAGGUGGCCAACAGAAUCCGACUUCAAGUUGGACAUGUGUCGGUGAUUGUGAACAAUGCUGGUAUCAUGCCAUCGCGCCCACUGUGGGAGCAAAAGCAUCAGGAGAUUCGGAAGGUGUUUGACGUUAAUGUGAUGGCCCACUUCUGGAUCUUUGAGGCAUUCUUACCGCAGAUGAUUGAGAAGAAUCGUGGUCAUUUGGUGUCAAUCUCAUCGGUUGCUGGACUCAUAGGUGCGGCCAAUUUAGUGCCAUACUGUGCCUCCAAGUUUGCAGUUCGUGGAAUGAUGGAGGCCCUCUUUGAAGAGCUGCGCGAAAACAAAAUCCCGAUCAAAUUGACCGUCGCUUAUCCCUACAUGGUGGACACAGGAUUGUGCAAGAGUCCAAAGAUGCGCUUUCCCAGUGCCAUGGCUCUCCUGACUCCAAAAGCUGCCGCCACAUCGAUUAUUGAGGCCCACCGACAAGGGCUAGUAGAGGCAACAAUACCUCGCUACAUUGGCUAUCUCAAUAGAUUCUUCCGUAACUAUCCAGUCAACUGUCAGCUUAUGGUGAAAGAUUUUUUUGAGACUGGAGUGGGCAUAGAUGAUCAGUGAAUUACUUAUUGAAAAUAUGCCAUCGUCUUGUUCACAUUCCAUCCAAAAUAAAAGUCGACAAAAGGCUGUAUA